AACAAGCAGGACGCGAGUCCGCCCCCUCGUAUGGAAGAGUCACAUCAUUAAAAUAUCAUUCGAAAUGCAGCGAUAAUUCAUCGGGUACGACCUCCAUGGACCCUGUUCCGCGAUUUAACAAAUAAUCCGAUGAUAAAAGAGGAGGCCGGGGAGAGAAGACCUGAACCUGAACAUGAGGCGGUUGACGAGAGGAAAAGCCCUGAGCUUGGUGAGGGAGCUGGACGCCUUCCCCAAGGUGUCAGACAGCUACGUGGAGACGUCGGCCUCGGGGGGAACAGUGUCGCUGAUUGCCUUCGUUGCCAUAGCGCUCCUGGCUGUCCUCGAGUUUUUCGUUUAUAGAGACACUUGGAUGAAGUAUGAAUAUGAAGUUGACAAGGAUUUUUCCAGUAAAUUAAGGAUAAACAUUGACAUUACGGUUGCCAUGAAAUGCCAGCAUGUGGGAGCGGAUAUUUUGGACCUGGCUGAGACCAUGAUCACAUCCAGCGGCCUCCACUACGAACCUGUUAUUUUUGAACUGACUCCCCAACAGAGACUGUGGCAAAGCGCGUUGCUCCUCAUACAAAACCGUCUGCGAGAGGAACACGCCGCGCAGGAAGUCCUCUACAAAACCCUCCUCAAGGGACGUCCCACUGCGCCGCCGCCACGGGCCCCUGUGGAGCCGCUCGGCGCGUGCAGGAUACACGGGCACGUCCACGUCAACAAGGUGGCGGGAAACCUACACAUCACCGUGGGAAAGCCCAUUCACCAUCCGCAGGGACACGCCCACAUCGCGGCGUUUGUGAGUCACAACACGUACAACUUCUCCCAUCGAAUAGACCAUUUGUCUUUUGGGGAGGAGAUACCGGGCGUCAUCAGUCCUCUGGACGGCACGGAGAAAAUCACCUUCAACAAUAACCAGAUGUUCCAGUACUUCAUCACGGUGGUUCCCACCAGACUGAACACACGCAAGAUAUCGGCAGACACGCACCAGUUUUCUGUGACCGAGCGGGAGCGGCUUAUAAACCACGCGGCGGGGAGCCACGGCGUGUCGGGCGUCUUCGUCAAGUACGACACCAGCUCCCUGAUGGUGACGGUCAGCGAGCAGCACAUGCCCCUGGGGCAGUUCCUGGUGCGACUGUGCGGCAUCGUCGGGGGAGUUUUCUCCACCACCGGAAUGCUGCACGGGCUUCUGGGCUUCUGUUUCGACGCCAUCUGCUGUCGCUUCAAACUUGGAAUCUACAGGCCCAGAGAGGAGAGUCCCGACGACGCGGCUCAGCGACCAUGAUCGUCCACGUCAACCGUACGGAUCGAACAGGCGAACCGCGUCGAUUCCACAGGACGUGCAGCUUCACAACGCAGACCAGCGCCCGACUGCUUCGUCGGCCAGAGACGUUCCUUCAGGAGCAGCCGUGUUUCAGUCCAGUCACUCUACACAGCUACAUAAUGAAACUGUUGCUCUCCGUGAUGGAGUUUGUUGCUUUAGGUCUUCGGCUCCAUUCACAAUCGUAAAUAUAAUAAAUCAGUAAAGUUGUAAAAACCGCAAACUAAAUUUUCUUUUGGAAAUUAUGAAAAAGGUUCUUUGAAGUAAAAAAAAAAAAAAGAUUGGGAUGGUCUUUAAAUACUUGGAUCUUUAGUAUAGCACGAGUUUAUGUUUAACAGUCAAGCAUCAAGAGGAUUGCUGCACAAAAAAG